AAAUACAGCCUUCGCUGCUUUCAUAGUGUUUAUAUACUCUUUGGCUGCUUUGUCGGUUAGCUGCGUGUAUUUUAAAACUAAGUAAAAGUGUUGAAAUUUUUACAAUGACGACUUUUACUAUUAAAACAUACACCGAGAAUGUAGAGAGGAUGUAUAAGCUUUUUGAUGGAGAAAAGCUUUCACAACUUGUAUCUCUCCGGGAUGCACAUGUUCCCGACUGGAGCUAUCUCUCUGACUACAGCCCUCCUGAUAUCGCCGAUGUAGUUCAAGACAGUUGUGGAAAAAAACCCAUUUAUAAACUGAUUGUAGGUCACUUGCUGUGUGUGAAGGCCCUCUACGACAAGGAGUAUUUGGAAGCAUAUGGGCAGCAGAACCAGUGUAUUAAGGCAACUCUGAUGCUGCUGAACCUAACGGAGCAGAACUGGUGUUUGCCACUCCUGCAUACAGUAUGCCUGGAAUUAAGGCUUCUUGCAGAGAAAACUGAAGCGUCCUUAAAACAAAGCCAUGGCUAUGUCCUAGAAAUGUGUUCUGAAGUUAUACUUUCAUGCUUCAAAAUUUGUGCUGCUGAUCCUAAAUCCGAUGAACAAACAAAGAAACUGGCAAUGUUAUACCUUGCUAUACAACUUUUUAAAGUCUACUUUCGACUAAAUAAAAUUCAUUUGCACGAACCACUUGCAAAAGCUAUCCACGAUACUGGGUACGAACUCUGGGAAAAAUUCCCACUGAAACAAAAAAUAACAUACAAAUAUUUUCUGGGGCGUAUAGCAAUGUUCAGCUUGAAGAACCGCCUUGCUGAUGAAUUAUUGUCUUACGUAUUCGACGCGUGCCAUGGGAAAACUCAGAAAAAACUGGUUCUGACAUAUUUGAUACCAGUAAAAAUGAUGCUGGGAUACAUGCCAAAUGUCCAUCUGUUGGAAAAAUAUGACCUGCUACAGUAUUUGGGCUUGAUGGUUGUAAUUAAAGAUGGGGAUUUAAAAGGCUUUAAUGAAGUCAUGGAAGAGCAUGAAUCUUUUUUCAUCAGUGCUGGCAUUUACUUCAUCGUUGAGCAGUUAAAAGUUAUAGCAUUCAGGAAUCUAUUCCGGAAAGUAUACCUUGCACGAAAUGAUUCUGAAAUUGCUUUUAUCGACUUGCUAGCGGCACUUCGAAUGAAGGGGCACGAUUAUGUAAAUUCUGAUGAAGUUAUCUCUAUUUUAGCAAAUUUAAUAUCUGAGAGGAAACUUAGGGGAUGGAUGUCAUACAAACUAAAGAAGUUAUUUGUAUGCGAACUUGAUCCAUUUCCGCAACUCAUUACUAUUUAAUGUGAUAAUUUUUAGUUGUAUGCAAAGAAGAUUUAUUUCUGGCACUUAUUACUCCACUAAGUUGUAAUAAAUCGAUUUUGGUAACUUUAUAUUUAAAUAAAGAUCUUGUAAAAACAAAUGAAUUAUUAUUA